AUGGAGGGACGCAGUCGAAUACCAAGCGUUCAAGUUGCUGCACAAUCAAAGGGAGACGGCUUGCCGCCUCUUCCAAUGGGUUGGGCCCCGAAGACAAUUAAGAAAAAGGUGCGUUUUACAAGGAAACAGACCGAAUUCUUAACUGACCAAUUUCAAAAAGGGGAGUAUAGUGGACGGAAAAGCGAUCCACAGGAAGUUUCGAAAACCACGAGCCUAGCAAGAGACCAAGCGGGGGGACGUCGAUUUCAACCUGAUGAAGUCCUUACGUCGCAGCAGAUUAGUGGCUUCUUCAGCCGUCUUUCAGUAAAGAAGCGAUUAGAAGUUACAGCCGCCGGUAACCGAGCAAAAGCUAGUGAAAUCUCAGAAGUGGACAUGGAGAGCGUCGACAAGGACGAAAUUUCCGCCGAAGCUGAGAGCCAUCUAUCUGCAGUGUGUGCAAAUGUGAUGAGAGAUGUGGCUAUUCAACAUCCGAUUGUAUCUUUCGAUCUAAACAUCUGUUAA